AUGGCGUCAUCAGCGCAGCUCCGUCUCAUGUCCGAUCUCAAGGCUAUCCGGAACGAGGCGCCUGAGGUAGGAUUCCUCCGAUCGGUUUUCUGUUUCCUUCGUGAGUCGGUGUCGGCGGAUCUGGUUCGAUGUGUUCGAUUUUGCGGGUGGAGUGUUGAUCCGGAUGUGAUAUUGUGGUGUGGUGGAGGCAGGGAUGCAGCGCGAGUCCCAUGUCGGAUGAGAAUUUGUUCGUGUGGAGCGCCACCAUCUUCGGCCCCGAUGAGACCCCCUGGGAAGGUGAUGGAAUUUCCGCUUCACCGGAAUUCAAUCAAUGCCUCAUGAUAUCUAAUUUUUAGUACCAUCUUCAUCAUUACAUCAAUUAUUUUCUGAAAUUUAGGUGGUGUUUUUGGUCUGCGACUGACGUUCGGGGAUAACUACCCGGAGAAACCUCCUCGCGUCCGCUUCACUUCCGAGAUGUUCCACCCUAAUGGUACCUGCAAAAUCUCUCUCUCUCUCUCCCCUCUCUUGCGUGCAGUAAUAUGAUUCACAUUCUUUUGAUAAUACGAUAUCCAAGCUCUUCCAAAACGGAAGGGAGUUUCAUAUCUCGAGAUUCGAGCUGUGAAUACGCCUGUCGGUCAACCAUCAGACAUUAGUUUUUUUUCAAAAAACAUGUCAACACCUGUCGAGCUUUUCUUUCUACUGCGGCUCGAGAAGUGUUGAAAAAUGCACGUUGUGCUGCUGGACGAGGAUUUCCCCAUGCAUUCUUUCCUCUGGGCCAUCGUUGACCUUCCUUCGUUUUGUAUAUAUAUUCCAAUUAUUUUUUUUAAAUUUUCCCUCUACGUCUGUAUUACUUUACUGGGUAAUCACCGCGAUGCCUAUUUUCCUUAUUAUAAAAAUGUAAAUAAUUUCUUCCUUUUAGAAGAUAUUGCAUCAGAUUGAUAGCCAUGAUUUUCUUGAGGGAUUGGGGUUAUGUGAUCAUGCCGGCCGCCUUCCUUCUUGUAGCCAUGUCACAUCUGAUUAGAUUAUUAUUACCUAAUUAAGUCCUGUUUUAAUGGGUAUGCAGUCUUCAAUGAUGGAACUCUGUGCAUGGACAUCAUCCAGGAUGCUUGGUCCCCCUGUCACAAUGUCUGUACGAUCUUGACCUCAAUCCAGGUCUGGUUCAUGUUUCUCGCUUCUCUCUUCAAGCUCCAUAUAAAUGGUCCUCUUUUCUCCUCUCCGGCAUCUGAUCAAACGCCUGAAUCUCUUGCAGUCGCUCCUCACCGACCCAAAUCCGGCAAGUCCUGCGAAUCCUGAAGCAGCCCACCUCUUCCAACAUGACACCCAGGCCUACAACAGGUCCCCUCUCCUGGUCUCUUCAUCUUCUUCCUCUGGUUCUCUCAAACCCUAA